GUAUAAUGUUUCUCCCCCCUCUUAAGGCACUCUUGAGGCCCAAGCUUUCCAAGUCUACUUGUGUCGGUCAGUUCGUUAGUAAUUACGCGACAAGAGAUAAGUCGGGGGGUAGGCGUGCAACACUUGGUGUUGCGUGAAAUAAAAAAAAAAAGGAAAACUUUGGGUGUGGCGUUUGUUUUUACAGUGGAAAAUCAUUGACAAUUUACCUUGCUAUACUGUUAAUUAGUUGUUACGAUAGAAAGGAACGUGGGACUUGCAACUUGGACAGUACCUGUGUAUAUCUCGAAAGUGUUUUUCCCGCUAACGGGUUGGACUGUACGAGGAUUAAAUUCGUCGUUGAACUGCUUACAAUCGAAAAAACAUUGUUCGAAACGUAGAAAAAUGUUUGAUGUUCGGCAGAUUUUUAUAAACAGAUUUCCACAGCAUCGAUUACAUUCGUUUACAGCCGUAAUUUAGUAAUAGUUUGUACAUGUGCUGAGCAACAGUUGUAAGGAAUGAUCGUCAUUCCUAUAGAUUUCGAAAAAAAUUCGGAUUCGACGGAAAUAUUCGUUGGAAUAUUCCCCAAGUUUAAAACUGUAAAGUGGGAAAAAUCUUCGUUUUCACUCUUCCUCGAAACGUUCAAUUUUAUUUGAAUUGCCGUUUGCAUUUCGUUCGACUGUAUCGGAAGAAUGACAGUUUCAGAGGAAAUGGCCACGGAACUGGCAAACAAGAAGGCCGAGCGCGAGGCUCUGCGCGGUGUUAUUCAGCAAUGGAACGCCAACAGGUUGGAUCUGUUUGAACUAUCGGAACCAAACGAGGAUUUAGAGUUCCACGGUGUGAUGAGAUUUUAUUUUCAAGACAGUGGUCAGAAGGUUGCGACAAAAUGUAUUAGAGUAGCGUCGGAUGCGACGAGUCAAGCGGUCAUUGAAACGCUUAUUGAAAAAUUCCGUCCAGAUAUGCGAAUGCUUUCGGUUCCAGAAUACGCACUUUACGAAAUUCACGAAAAUGGUGAACGUAAGCUUGGGCUCGAGGAGAAACCACUGUUGGUGCAAUUAAACUGGCACAUCGACGACCGCGAGGGACGCUUUCUGCUGAGAAGAAUCGAUGACAAGACCAACGCUCAGGGCGUUGGUUUCUCUUCUUCGGAUGGCUCUAGCUUUCGUAGAAAGUUGAGUAAACGCGAGAAGAAACAGAUGAAAAAACAGGAGAAGCUGAGUCGUUUAAAGAGUUUGGAACAAGAUGAGAAUGCUAUACCCGUUGAUCAAAAUGGAGUAGCCGAGAAACUUUACACGGAGUUACCUGAAACAAGUUUUACCAGAAGUAUUUCAAAUCCAGAAGCUGUGAUGAGAAGGCGACGUCAACAAAAAUUGGAGAGAAAAUUGCAACAAUUUCGCAGCAAAGAUGGGGGUCCUGAUACUGGUGGAACAUUGAAGAUUUACGGCGAGGCGUUGUGCAAAGACGUACCAUAUAAAACUUUACUUUUAAGCGUUCGAGACUCGGCAGUUCAAGUCGUGCGAGAAAUGCUUACCAAGUAUGGUUUAGAGAAGGUGGAUCCACAACAGUAUUGUCUCGUACAAGUAAAUAGUGAGAAUAACAUGAAUGGAGGAACACAGCAAGAAUAUAUACUGGACGAUGACGAGUGUCCUUUAGCCAUUCUUAUGAAUCACCCUUCUGCUCGCGGUUCAAUCAUGUUCCACGUACGGAGACGACCUUCUGACUAUGUGCCUCGGAAACGGAAGAAAAAACCUAGUGGCAAGUGGAACGAAGUGGAUUACAGAUACGAAGACGAGAGAUUGCCAUUUUCGCUCGAGUUGAAUCCUGAUGGCAAUGAAAUUGCAAACGGGGCCGGUGUACGGCAUCGAUUGCAGCCAAAUGCAGCAGAAAUGGGCUCGGAGAGAUCGAUAUCUAUCCAUCCGUCUAGUCCGAGCAAAUCUACGUCUGUUCCUGCUGCUGCUGUCGCUACCGUUUGCCAUACUCGAAGCCCGACCCAUCCACCGGAAUCAACGCACAAUUACGAAACAACUUUCGAUCUCGAUGGAAACGUUGAGACUGCCAGUCUUACCAGCAGCAGGGAUGGUAACAGAACGCUGCAGAAUGAUCGACAACCACGUGGAAUGGAUCCAAUCUUACCAGCUGUGUUGGAAUUUCUCGAGGAAACGGAAGAAACUUUCUUUCACGCGGUGAUUACCGAUGUUGAACCGUCGGCACCGCAGUUCAAAUUGGCACCAACGUAUACGCUUUACUUGGCGGCAAGAUAUCGCGCAAGCACGCACUACAGACCAGAGUUACAGCCAACGGAGAGAGCUCACAGAUUGACCGUGAUGUUGGCAAACGUCGCUAGCAUGAUCCAACGAGUGAUACAGGAACGGUAUAUGGAUACAUCUUCGUUGGCGCUGUGGUUAGCAAACGGAUCCGAGCUGCUACACAUGUUGAAAAACGAUCGGCACGUAGGUGCGUUUUCGACGAGGGCGCAGGAUAUCUUGACGGAAGCAGUUCAUACGGCAUUCGCGUCGUUGGUCAGGUGCAUCUCCUUGGAACUAGCACCGGCAAUGUCGCAAUUCAUGGCCGACGCGGACGAACCUGCGAAAGAAGCUGGAGUGCUCCAAAUAUUUUCCAGCACGAUGGCUUUGCUCAGACGAUGCAGAGUGAACGCUGCGCUCACCAUACAGCUGUUCAGCCAUCUGUUUCACACGAUAAACGCGACCGCGUUUAACGCUUUGGUUUCGAAUGCGAACUUGUGCGUCAGAUGGUUCGGUCGUCGGUUAAAGGCAAGACUAAACGCCCUGGAAACUUGGGCUGAAAGGCAGGGCCUGGAGCUCGCGAGUCAGUGUCACUUGGCAACGAUCAUGCAAGCGACUCAUCUUCUUCAAGCGCCAAAGUACAACGCGGAGGAGCUCGCUACCUUGAGCUCUACCUGCUUCAAGUUGAAUUCUCUUCAGGUCAGAGCGUUACUGCAAAAGUAUCAACCGGCUGCGGACGAGCCGAGACUUCCCGCGGAGUUGAUCGAAAACGUAGUCAAAGUAGCAGAAAGUGUGGCUGACACGCUCGCACGUGCCGAUGGCAGAGAGAUUCGACUCGAGGAGGAGCCUACGCUCGCAUUGGCGCUCCUGCUUCCCGAGGAUGGGUACAGUUGUGAAGUUAUUCGCGGUGUACCUCCAGGUUUGGCAGAAUUCUUAACGCCAUUGCAGCGGGAUGGUCUUUGCCGUAUGGCACCGCAACCCACCAGCAGUGGAUAUUGGACCAUAUACAUGAUAGAUCACAAUAAUUUUCGCAGUCCAAGUGCAAUGAGCAAUAGAUCUGGAGGUUAUUCCUGUCAUGCGGGACCGACUGGUGCUCAGCCGGAGAUACAUGUGAUAAAACUACACAAGUCUACCAGUGGAAUGGGCUUGAGCAUCGUCGCGGCAAAGGGCGCUGGUCAAGAUAGGCUUGGAAUAUAUAUAAAAAGUGUAGUUGCCGGUGGUGCUGCGGAUGCUGAUGGUAGAUUGACGGCUGGUGACCAACUGCUAAAAGUGGACGGACAAAGUUUAGUAGGAAUAACUCAAGAAAAGGCUGCUGAAUAUUUAGUACGAACCGGGCCAAUAGUAACGUUGGAAGUUGCUAAGCAAGGUGCCAUAUACCACGGUUUAGCCACUUUGCUGUCUCAACCUUCGCCAGUGAUGACCAGAGCAGCGCACAAGGUUCGACCCAAGUCCGAGAACUUGGAAGCUUCUUCGACGGUACAGGAAACGAACGAGCAGCCAUCUACGUCGCAUUCGAUGGGUAAUUUGUUGAGCGUUCCAAGGCAUGCGAUCGAUUCGGAACGUUCGAUCGAUUCAGUACCAGAAGUUGGGCAAUUCGUUUCGCUUGCCCAACCGAUAAAUGUAAAUGCUGUCCGAACGUCGUCGUCGAUCGUUUUAAACCCGUCGGCAAAUUCGGACAGACAGCCCUCGGCAACGACAGCGACGACCGUCAAACGUGACGAUCUCUCUCUCGAUUCGAUACCUUAUAUCGAUCAAACUGUCGAAACGCCCUUCCCGUUUCAUCCUUCGAACAAAGUCGACGAUUACCGAUCGAAAGGCAACGACGGCGCGUUUGACGCUGUGACGAAUAUCUCGCCAGACGAUUUCGUCGCGAGAUCGAAUUUACCACGAUGCAAUGGCGACGACGUUACGAUCAAACGUCCCAGAUGCUCGCAACGAUUGAUGAUCGAGGGAUCACGGAUCGCGAACGAGCACCGAGAAGAGGAAUUGUGGGACGAGCGACAAGAAAAAGACGACGAUGCUGUUGAAAUCUGCACGAUCUUGAGAACGACGGCAAAAAACGGCGUCGAUAACGCAGCGAUUCCAGUGUUAAAUCUUGAUCUGUCUGGCCUAGAUGGCGAUACGUCGGGCAACGUGUCGAGCUUCGGCAAGUGUUGGAAAUCACCGGAAGAGGUGCGCCUCGGUUACGGUGGUCGCGUCGCAGCGUUGACCAAACACUUUUCGAAACUCGGCGACGUUGAACCGUCGAUCGGUCGUCGACCCAAUUCGAUGAAAUUGCUGGAGAGUUCGAAGAAGUUCGCAUCGGAACCAAACGUCGCCUCGAUUCGGGCUCGUCAAGCACUUUCCGGUCGGUUUCUUACCCUCGAUGAUGACGACAACGACGACAACGACGACAGUAAUCACAAUCACUGUCGAUCCGAACUGGAUUUGAGAGACGAUGAGAUCAAACGACGAUAUCUCCUAUCGAUCGAAUCGGAUCAAAUGUUGGAAAAAUUAACCGUCGAUCUGUCGAGUGAGAACAGCGAUCCCAACGAUUUGGCUGAGGUAGUGCGCGGAGGUGUUAGAUCGACGAAUGGCAAACGAAAGUUGUCAUUGUCGGAACAAAGACAGAUGAUAGAACAACUGAGAGAGAUGUCCGAUCUCGGCGACGAUUCGAGAACAGCAGGAGGGUCGUCGUCCUUUCCCUAUCGUUCUCCCUCUCUGCCUUCUUUCCACCUGUUGUCAAACAGAUGUGCAAAUGCCGAAUCCUCGGACGGAGUUGUCGUUGAUGAGAAGCGAGAUGCGGCGUCUGCGCCGUUGCUUCUGCGUGAAAUGCAGGCGAAUAUUCAGAGAUUUGCGUCGUCGUGGCCAAUGGAUAUCGGAGGGAAUUGCGUUCAAGAGAAAAAGGGCAAACGAUCGUCGCUGGUGCCCGUCGAUGGUAAACUGAUCAAAACCCUGUCCAAUUCCUAUCCGAACGUCGAGAAGGCGAGGGAAUUGUUGCGUCGGAAUGAGAACGAAAAUGAGCAGCCAAAACGAAGGUGGUGUAACUCGAAGGAAUGCUCUUUGGCGAUUGAGAAUCGAUUGGGACGAGCUACCUCGUCGUUUCUCGUCACCAACGAUCAGCGGUGUGUUCGAUCUCUGAACGAGGACUCGUCGCGAGAUAAUAGAAACGAUGAAAACGGGGCCAAAGCUCGUUGCAAACAAAGUUUCAUCGUCGGAGAUCUGAAAUCUGAAGGGAAUUCAGCGUCGCGCGUCGAAGGGAGAAACCAUUUCGACGUUUUGCCGAUUGAAAUCGAUCAACAGGGGUGUACAACGAUUGAAAGAGAAACGUUGACGUCUGGCCGAUCUAGAGAUCUAGAGGCCGAUACAAAGCUCGACCAAGAUUGGAAAAUGUCUGGUUUAGAAUCCAAGAUUUAUCAAAGAUCAAGUGAAACUCGUCUGGAUAUUGGCUUUCUUCUACGACCUCGUCGCAUGAGUGAACGAGAUUUACCGUCUCGGCUUGGACGCGAUGCAACUGCCCCGCAACAGCAAAUACAUACCAGCAAGUCCGUGCCAGCGUUGCAUAACGUAGGAACGGAUGGGAAACAGCAGCACGAGGUGUUCAACCCUGGCUAUAGCAGGGCAUCGUCGAGCAACAGCGUUACACCGCCCGUCACUCAGCCACCUCCACCAAUGACUGCGAUCAACGGUUCGACGUCGCUACGUUCUCGCUCGAGUCAUAAUUUGCACGACCCGACAAAAAUUGGGACGUUACCACCAACCGGUCUUGUGAGUAGACAGCAGUCGUCGCCAAAUUUGAACCCUGGUCAAACAACGAGUAACAAUGCCUCGAGCGUCAAUGUCGGUUCGAGCAUGCUUCAAGGUAACGAAGCCGAAAGAUUUUAUCAAAACUUGAGCAUCUAUCGAAAUCAAGACGCGCCCGCAAACACGGCCAAGCAACGGCACAGCCCGUCUCAACAUUCGGAUGAUAGGAAUCCUUUGCAGUUGCAAAAGAACUCGAGAGGCUCGCAAAAUUUUCUGAAUCGUCCGGGUGCGUUUGAAAUAAAUCAGACCAAGGACCGUCCGAUAUCCGCGUACGUGCCUCAAGCCCAACAGCAAGCUUAUCCCGUUGGUGGUCUGUCGCAGCAACAAAAUUCUGCAGCGCCGCCAAGGUCUCAGUCGUCUCGAGACAUAAUACGACAAGAAGCGAAGCUUCAAGAAAUGCAGGAGGAGGUCAGAAGACGUGAACUACGAGGUGGCGUUCCAGCUUCAUUGAAUCAGUAUCGACCAAACGCGUAUAAUUUGAAAACAAACAUGUCUGUUCAAUCGUCGGUCGGUUCUGGCGUCCGACCGACAAAAUCUAUCGGUUCUCAACCAAAUUUGGGGUCGAGUCCACCAGUAACAGUGUCCUCGGCACCAUCCAUCUCAGUGUCUGGUCAUGUCGCCGCAAGGCAAACGGGUUCUUCGAAUUCUGGUUACUUGGAUACGCAGUACGGCUCGUACAUGGUUCAGUAUGGAAAGUCUUCGCAUAUGCACCAACAUCAACAUCAACACCAACAUCAAUCUCAACCUCAGUCGCAACAUCAGCAUCCACAUCAACUUCAGCAUCAGCAUCAGCAUCAGCAUCAGCAUCAACAUCAGUAUCAGCAUCAGCAUCAGCAUCAGCACCAACAUCAGCAUCAACACCAACAGCAACAGCAACAGCAACACCAACACCAACAUCAAAAUGUACAACAACAACAACAACAAAAUCUUGGACACAUUCAAUAUGGACACGCUGGCGUGACAUCACCGAGGGGAAAGAAUGAUUUGAUUCGCUUGCAGUCAAACGGAAUGUUUCUCGACUAUGGAAGAGAUCAGGGUAUACGAGACAUUGGGAAAUUGUACGUGGAUCAGAACCAACAUGUUGCUGUUGGAUCGCAGUAUUAUUUAAACGCCAAUUCGGACGUACGAAACGAACAUUAUAAUGACGAAGGUGAAAUGAACAGAGCGCAAGCUGCGUCGGACGGAAAUACCAUGUCCAACGAAAUUUCGAUACGGUCUGCUCUAGCGGAAGAAGGAUUUACAGAAAGUCCUCCGCCGCCGCCACCGAGCACUUCGACUCAUCCACUUUACAACAAACAAACGGAUUCAAGGUACACCGCGAGUAUGCAGGAUCCUCCUCGCGGAGGAUACUAUCCUGCAAAUACGAGUGGGGCUGCGUUACAACCACGUCAGUAUCAGUAUAGCGCUUCAAAUCCGUGGCAGCGAGAAGAGAAAGAAAGAGAACAAGCGCGCAGAAGAGAAGCUGCAAGACAAUGGCGGGACCAACAAAUAGCAGAAUUAAGUGCACUAUCUCAUAGGACAUCGCAACAAGAGGAGCAACUGCGAGCUCUUCAACUAGAGAGAGACUUUCAAAAGAGAGCCGAGGAAGUUGCCAACCAACAGGACGACGACGAGGAAAGUAACGACUUGGAUACCGAAAACAUAAGAAUUCAACAAAGUUUGCUUCGUACAACGGUGGCGCAAGAUCGAAAUAAUUCACUGGACCAACAUCAUCUCAACUUGUCUAGAACCAAUAUGAUCAAUCAAUCUGUCAAAGGGAGCCACACUGGUCAGUCUACCGGUACUACUUCCCUGAUGCAUUCUACCAAUGCCGCGACAGCACACACGAUCAAUAGUUCGUCUCAGCAAUAUUCGCAAAAUGUUACAAAUUUACAACAGCAGCAAUCACAUCAACAACAACAACAACAACAACAAGAUAAUUCUGACUCGCAUUUAUCGUCAGACUUUCAACACGAACACGCCAAUCAAAUGGCAAAUAACAUAGGGCAAUUUCAAAUGUCAUCCUUGAUUCAUUUGACCUCCUCUCAGAAACCCCUUGGUUUGUCUCAAUCUAACGAAGAAAAGGAAAUUCAUCGUAGACACGAGGAAAUUAAGCGAAAACAAGUAGAAUUCGAUGAUGCUCAGUCGAAAAAGAAGGAAGAAGAAAUGAACAAGCAACAACAAAUUCAACAAAUGUAUCAGCAACAGCAUCAUUCGCAGCAGUUGCAAUCCCAUUUAAAAACUCAACAGUUAUUGCAUCCCAGUAUGUUACGAUUGGACAGUUUAAUUAUUAACGGAUCAAACGCAUCUUCCACGCAAAACGCUAGCAAUGACGCGCCUCUACCUCCAGAACGAGGUUCCAGUUACGCGAUUAUGUCGCAGCAGAGUACUCUCAGAUCAAAUAAUGCAAACAUAUCAAAUAUAAUAACGUUGACUCAACCGCAAUCGACGUCCAUUAAGAAAGUUUCUUUUCACGACUCGAACGCAAAUGUAGAAUCUAUGCAACGAAACGUUUCGUCUGGAAAUUCUAAUACGAGUCAAGUUUCGACUAUGGAUGUCAUUACAGAAGAUCCAAAUAAUUUCAUAAACGAUGCGGAAAUUUUAUUGGCAUCUCCAAAAACGCCUGAAGGAUCCAGUGGAACUUCGAUUACUGGUAGUACACCUGGUGUUAUAGGUGCUCAGGAAGUAUACAAGGAUCCUAGACAAAGAAGACUCGCUGAAAAGCAAAAACAGCAACAAAGUUCUCAAGUGGGACAAGUACCUGAAAAGCUCAGUUUUAAGGAAAAAAUGAAGAUGUUCGCAAUGGAAACCGGUGAAGAUGGAACCCCGCGGGACAAGGUAAAAAUUUCACGUGCGCAGCGCGAGAUAGACAACAUUGGAAACCCCAGUGUUCCUACACUAAACAGUAAUAACCAUCAUCACCACCACAACCACCACAGUAACAACAACAACAACAAUAACAGCAACAGUGGCAGCAGUAGCAAUAAUCCAAAUAACAAUAACAGUAACAAUGGCAGUAAUAUCAAUAACAAUAAUAGCAACCGACAACAAUAGAAAUUAAGACUGAAAAUUAAAAAUUGAUUUAUUUUUUUUAGAAUCAUACUGUUGUUAAUGCGAAUAAAGAUCAGAAAGAUCAGCAUGGUAAAGGUCGAGAACGAAACUUGUUAUAUUUAAUGUAGAGUAUAUAAUGUGUAUUAUAUUCGUAACGGAACCGACCAUUCUAUGUAGACGUAUAUGGAUCAUUCCAGCAAUUAUUUGCACUGUUUUGACCAAAAGUAUGCCAUGAAAAUGGAUAUGGAGACGAGACAAGUAGUAGGACAAUUGUUAUUUAGGUAGGGGUAUAUUAGGGUAAAAUAAAUGCAUUCACGUAAUAGUAUAUUUCACCUCUUGGCUUUUGUAUUUUUAGUAUUUAAUUACACAGUUAAUGUCGAAUGCAUUUAAUGCCUAAUCAUUCCAUUGGACCAAUUUGCAUUUUCUGAUAGUUCUACGCAAUGGCUACUAUAAGGCUUAUAACGAAAUCUAUGGUAAUUAACCUGGGAUUUGAGAAUUAUUACAUCGAUUUUACUGAAACACAGUGUACCAUAUAAAGAUUAUACAUUUUAUCUUGAAUGUACAUAGAUAGAACACUAGUUGAAUUUUUAGAAUUACUUGUUAUUUACGAUAUUGUUUCGUAUUUAUAUAUUUGAUGUGUGACGCGUAUCGGAUACCGAGCACUCUGACCGACUCGUGUGCACUUUUUCGUUACACAGCCAAGAGGCACGAUAGCUUUAAUGCAAUCGUCGUUGAUGAAAUAUUUACGAAUUUAAUCAAAUGUGUGGCAGCUUUAAAAUGAAAUAAUGAUUAUAUAACACAAAUGACACAUAUAUAUUUGACCAAACGAAAUUUCAAAUGGUAAACUACUAAAUUCACGUUAUUGAUCAGUCCGUUCUAGAUCUAUUAGAUUAGUUUCUUACGGUGACCAAUAAUAAUUCUUCCACCUUGGUUCAUUACGUGCGUAGAUGUAGUUGCAUUGUUGUAAGAUUUUAUUUUAUUUACGUGCGUUUAUCGUACGACGCACAUGUAAUUUCUCGUCGAGCGAUGUGGAGAAAAAGACGCUGUAACUCCUAUGUUUCUUUUUCUUUACAUCGCAACAUUGGAUUUUACCAUUUGUUUUUACAAUCGUAUAUUUAGUUGUUCCGAUGAUAAUGAAAUUUGCGAGAUCUAUUGAAAAAGAAAGUUGUUGAAAUUAAGAUAAAUCAACAGGGAAGUAGAUAAACUAACGAGAAAUCAAUGCGCGGCACGUAGAAAUAUCGUUUUUAUUGUGUACAACGAACGUAUGAUGUUACAUAAUAUAGUUACACUAUAUAUUUUUUCUAACAUAUAUGUAUUUUCACGUUCCGUCGAUACGAAAGUAAUUUGAUAAUGAUUUAAACAAGUAUUUGCAAAGUAUUGUCACAGUUUACUAUUGUAUACAUUAACGAUUAUACAUAACAUUUACAGAUCACCUAUUUUUUAAUUAAUGUAAACGUACGAUGCGAUUAAGAAAUAAAAAAAAAGUUAUUUGUAAUCUAAAGUGAUUGAAAAAAAGUAUUUUAGACAAGAUGAUACUCCUUGAUUUCUAAGUGGUACCUACUUAUAGGUAUUAAUACACACAUACAUACACACACACACACACACAUGUACAUGCAAAGAAAAAUACACAGAUUUUAGAUUACAAGAUAUAUAUUAUCAAAGAGAUUAAUUAUAAUGAUAAGAAAUUCUAACGAAGAUUAUUUGGACAUGUAUAUAAAUGAAGAGGAAUAUUUUCAAAGUGUCAUUAAUAAACGAAAGGAAGAGUAUAACAUAACAAGCAAAUAAA